GAUUUUUGUUCCAUCUCUAUCAGUCCACAUUAUUUGUUAUUUAUUUGGCCUAAUCGCAUUUUAUUUAAGUUAAGCGAAGCGCACAAAGCAGUUUUAAGUUGAAAAUGACCGCCCUGACCCGCUGCGCCUUUCUGCUCCUCACGCUGGCCAUCUGCGGCAGCCUGGCCAUUCGAUGCUUCCAGUGCUCCUCGGACCAGGACCGCAAAGGACACGACAGUUGCGGCGCCUACAAGCGAUUCAACCGCACGGAACACAUCUCCAUUGAGUGCAACAGCGACGAGAGCCACAUGCCAGGAUCCUUCUGCAUGAAGGUCGUGCAGCAGGGUCCCAGGGGAUUUAUCUGGGACGGUCGUUGGCGUCAGGUCAUCCGACGGUGUGCCUCCGUUUCCGAUACCGGAGUGACAGGCGUCUGUAAUUGGGGCGUCUACGAGAACGGCGUUUACUGGGAAGAGUGCUACUGCUCCAGCGACAGCUGCAAUGGCUCCAGUCUAAUCGAAAUGCACGGAUCUCUGCAGCUUCUGUUGGGUUUCCUGCUAAUUGGCGCCAUCUCCAGGAUCAUCAGGAGUUAAUAGGAAAGUGGGACUUUCUUUCACCAAAAAUAAGAAAACAGUGCCUUUUCACCACUCCAUUUGUAUUAUUUUUUAAACUGAAUUUCAUUUUGAUAGCUGCAAUAUAAUCCGUCCACUUAUUGAUGUCUAAAAUUAAGUUAAAAUGUUAUACGCGCUUGUAUACACUAAGGAUAAGAUAAUAGAACUCCGCGGCAGGUCAAUUUUAAACCUUAUAAAAGCGUAAACUAAUCUUUUAUUAAUUUUAAAACUUUUUGUUGUGACAUACGCAAAAAAUUUUACCUAAAUUCUGAAGGGCUAAAAAGAAAAUCGCUUUUAUAUUUAAUUGUUAGAAAUAACGACCUGUCUUAUAAAUACCAUAAACUACAAAAGUCCACCCUUAAUACACACGAAAUCUCAAGAUAAAAAUCAAAACAAUCGAAAUAUAUACAUAUCUAGAUAAAGCUA